UGGUGAGUGGUUUCGCCCCAACGUUAUUUCCGCGGUCCCGUUCCGAGCCCAGCCAUGCCGCUGAAGUUUCAUUGGUUCAGUCUCCCCAUUUCCAUGGUGCUGGCCACCAUCUACAUGUACUACGUGACUCAGUACAAGCCCGCGCAGAAGCGGGGGAAGCUGCUGCAGGACCUGGACAUGAAGGUGGUCUACCAGCCCGCCUUGUGCGACUUGAGAGCAGGUGAGGGCGACUUGCUGCACGUCCACUACACAAGUUUCCUCGCAGUAGCGGGCAAGCAGUUCGAGACCACCAAGGGUGGCGAGCCGUACGUCUUCAAGCUCGGCAAGUGUGGGAAUUCCACCAAGCCAGAGUGCAUGCAGGGAUUUCGAAACGCCGUGACCGGCAUGUGCACGGGGGAGAAGAGAAAAGUCACAAUCCCCCCAAAGUUGGGCUUCGAGAAAAAGGUACGGCCGCGUGAGAUCGGCGCGGACGAGAAGCUGGUGUUUCACAUUGAGAUGGUGGACAUCGACAAGGUCUGAGCCCAGAUGGUUGGCUUGGCCCCUGGUUGAAACAUGGACCAUGGAGCUGA